CACAACCAUGGGAGGCGAGACCCCCGCACCGGUGCAGCUGAGCUCGAGGGCUUGCAGAAGACUGGGCAGUCUCCUCUGAAACGGAGGCGCCCCGAGGACCCCCUCCCUCCCCAAGGAAGAGAACUGGCGAAGCCACGGAUUUUCAUGGCGCAGGCCGCAGAGCCGCGAACGAAGACCGAAGGUUGCUUCCUGGCUCUCCCAGUCUCUAACUGUCUAGGUCCGGACCAUGAGAGAUGGUGUUGAGAAUUCGGCUGUUUCCUGGCGCGCUGUGGAAGCCAUCUCCAAAUUAGUGAUCACAUAUGGAAACUGGAGACCAGAAUUUUAGGAAAAGAGAUUAAGGCAUCUCACUUGGGGGGGUGGGGGGUGUCUUUUUAUUUAUUUUUCCCUUUUUUAAAAAAAAUCGCUGCAACUGGAACAGUUUUUUGAUCUCAAAAGGCAAGCCUCUCUUCCCGUGUGAUCUUUAUAAUUUACACACUUUUCCGUGAGCUUUCUUAUCUCCCUUUUUUUAUAUCUCUCCAUAUUCUCUAUUCACACAUAUAUCCAUUAUAUUAGUAGUGGAAUUACCAUUCGCACCCUCACACACACGCUCCUGAGAACCAGAAGUCGGUUGGGUGUUUAUAUAAUGAAGAAUUAUGGGGCUGUUUGAUCGAGGUGUUCAAAUGCUUUUAACCACCGUUGGUGCUUUCGCUGCCUUCAGCUUGAUGACCAUCGCUGUGGGAACCGACUACUGGCUGUACUCCAGAGGGGUUUGCAAGACCAAAAGUGUCAGUGAGAAUGAAACCAGCAAAAAGAACGAGGAAGUUAUGACCCAUUCCGGAUUAUGGAGAACCUGCUGCCUCGAAGGGAACUUCAAAGGUCUGUGCAAGCAAAUUGACCACUUUCCGGAAGACGCGGACUACGAAGCUGACACUGCAGAGUAUUUCCUCCGGGCUGUGAGGGCCUCGAGUAUCUUCCCCAUCCUGAGUGUGAUCCUGCUCUUCAUGGGUGGCCUCUGCAUCGCGGCAAGCGAGUUUUACAAGACACGCCACAACAUCAUCCUGAGCGCCGGCAUCUUCUUCGUGUCUGCAGGUCUGAGUAACAUCAUUGGGAUCAUUGUGUAUAUAUCAGCCAAUGCUGGAGACCCCUCCAAGAGUGACUCCAAAAAGAACAGCUAUUCCUACGGCUGGUCAUUCUACUUCGGGGCCCUGUCCUUCAUCAUCGCCGAGAUGGUCGGGGUGCUGGCCGUUCACAUGUUUAUCGACCGCCACAAACAGCUGCGGGCCACGGCCCGCGCCACCGACUACCUCCAGGCCUCCGCCAUCACUCGCAUCCCCAGCUACCGCUACCGCUACCAGCGCCGCAGCCGCUCCAGCUCGCGCUCUACUGAGCCCUCUCACUCCAGGGACGCCUCGCCCGUGGGCGUGAAAGGCUUCAACACCCUGCCGUCCACGGAGAUCUCCAUGUACACCCUCAGUAGGGACCCCCUGAAGGCUGCCACCACGCCCACCGCCACCUACAACUCGGACAGGGAUAACAGCUUUCUCCAGGUCCACAACUGUAUCCAGAAAGACAGCAAGGACUCUCUCCACGCCAACACAGCCAACCGCCGGACCACGCCCGUAUGAAGACCGUGGGACGGGGGGACCGGGAGGCUUGGUCCGCGGGCGGGGGAGGGACCGCAGCAGCCACGGGGAGACCUUCUACACGCAAAAAACAAGCAAGCAAACAAACAAACAAAACAAAAACAAAAAACAAAAAAAAAAAGAGAAAAAUAUAUAGCAAGCAAAUAAAAAAAAAAAAAGAACAAAAUACAAGAGGAACAAAAUCAAAAUCACAGGUUAUGCGGGGAAAAAUAUAACCGAGGGAAGACAAACUUUAAACAAAGCAAGAGGGAUAAAAUUAAAAUAGAAAAUAAAUCUAAAAGAAAUUGCAUGAUUUCCCAUGUACCAUUAUUUUAACAUUUAAUAAAAACCAAUUUAAAUGAAAAAUAAAAGGGAACCAAGAUAACGUAAAGCAAAAAACAAAAAAAAAA